AUGAACCUCGUCGCUGGGCGGCUCCACCACGCCGGCGAGCUGGACUGGGAGCUCGACCGCGUUGAGCCCUUCGCCUUCGUCGCCAUCAUCUCCCUCGUCGUUCUUUACUAUCACUACCUCGAGAACCGAGACUCCAACUACGCCUGGGACGUCUUCUACUCCCGAGUCAUCCACUCCUUCUUCCUUGACCCCAUCGUCAUCUGA